AUGAUUGUGGGAACAUCACUACCACUUUUGUUGUUUUCUUACAUAUGCUCCGGCAGCGCCUUACCAUCCUUCCGCACUGCGGAUGUAACCCACAAGAGCGAAGUGCAUCAACGGGCUAAACGCGAUCCGGUGUGGAUUGCCGCCCUGAACGAUGACCACGCUCAUAUGGUCCCGUUCCAGAAAGGCCAUAGCGAGUGUCCUGUCGACAAGCGCGAGGGUUGUGUUGGGGGUUACGCGAACAUCGUCGGCGUGGUCGACCAUCUGCGGAAGCGAGAGGAAAUGAAGAACCUCCUCUGGCUGAACGCCGGAGACCAAUCGCUUGGCACCGCAAUGUUCAAGAGGUAUCAACAAGGCGUGAUACCCGACUUCGACAAGAUAGGCCGAUUCGACGCUGUGGUGCCGGGAAACCAUGACUGGGAUCUAGGCGAGGAGGUCUUGCGUGACACGGUGACAAAAACCAAAGAGCUGAACUGGCUGGCCGCAAAUGUCGAGUUCGGGGUGAAGGAGCUUCAACCGAUGUUCAAGCCCUAUCAGAUCUAUCCGGACAAGAAGGUCAUAUUGAUGGGACUCACGACCCCUCAAUCAGUGAAGCCGGGCAAGACAGACGAGAAUACCAAGAUCUUCGAUCCAGUCACCACGGCGAGGAAGAUACUUCGGGAAAUGAAAGCUGAGCUAGGCAAGCGAGACGAUGGCGACCAAUUUGCCAUCGGGGCCCUGACUCACAUUGGCUAUCAGAAUGAUAUCGCGCUUGCCGCGGCCAUGGAAGGCGAAGGCCUCGAUUUCAUUGUCGGUGGCCACAGUCACACCGGACUGGGCAACAUCGUAGGGCAGAACAGGCCACAAUUCGGCCAGGGGACGAGGUCCGGGGAGUUGCCGACAAAGGAGGGGGACACCUGCAUUAUCACCUCCGGAUAUAAGGGGCGCUUUAUCGCCAUGAUGAAAUUGACCUGGGAUGACAAUAAUAAACUCGAGUGCCAGGCGAGAGGCAUUGAAGUGAAGUACAACAAGGAUCUCGUCAAUGAAGAACUCCAAAAGAUCAUUGACGAUAAGUUUACGUCCAAGGACCCGGAGACCGGCCUGUCGAUUGAAGAAAGGUCGGGGAUGGUCAUCGGCGCUACCAAAGGAAAGAUCCUCGACCAGCCUGGUCGCUAUGAUGGUGAAUCUCUGAUGGGCAACUUUAUGGCCGAUGCGCUACUCUGGCAUGCUAGCGAGAACAAGAAAGACUACAACCCCAAGUUCGCAUUCCUCACAGCUGGUACACUGCGCACGAGUCUCAACAAGGGCGACAUUGUCGACACGGACAUAGACGUCGUGCAGCCGUUUCCAGACCACACGAUCAACUGGCGCAUGCCCAAGAAGGACCUACACAAGGUCGUGGCAGCGACCUACGCCACUGAUCCGGCAUUGCUCGACGAGGUCUUCCUCCAAUACAGCCACGGCGUCAGAGUCGAAUACGACCCGUCGGAGGAGCCCGACAAGCGCCUCAAGUCGUUCAAGAUCAACGGCGAGGAGUUGGACAAGCACUCCGACGACGAGAUCGACUUCGUCACUAUCAGCUGGGCGAUGAAGAUGGAGAGCAUCCUGAACGUCAAGGAAGAGAAGUUUAUGGACAUGGAAGGGAUCGACGUGGGACUCUUGUCGGAUGCGAUCAAGAGGUACGUCCAGAGCGAGAAGGAAGUCGACAUAAAGUACGAAGGCAGGGUCUGGAACACAAAGGAGGAUGGUGAUUUCCCGAGCGACAGCGACGAGGAAGCAUACUUCAAGGCCAAGGCUGAGGAGCUGGGUGUGUACCAGGAUGAUGACCUGGACGUUAAUCCAUUGUACGAGCACGAUCGGGACUUGUUGGAUAAGGAGGAGAUUUUCGGGCCAGAUUAUGCACGAUACAUUAAGAUCAGGGCUUUGACACUUGAUGGAUGA